CGUUCAAGAUGAUCGCACCAAUUACCACUGUCCUUAUUUCACUUCUAGCAUUCGCGGCAGCACAAGUAGACACGGAUGGCGCGACGGAUUCGGCACCUGCUUUCACGUUCGCUCCAGCAUCUAGCUCCGACGUCCCAGCAUUCGCAGAUGAUGUUCAAAGAACAAUGUCCACACAGACUGAGCUUGACGCGCCGAAUACUACAGCUCCUACUGGGACCCCGUCAGUUGAUGGCCCACGAGCUAGCCCUUUGGCGCCUGUGACCGCCAGCUCCGAGUCCAACCUCGAUAUGCCAACUUCUUCACCUACAACGACGCCAUCUUCAUCACCAGAAUUCGCAUUCGCACCUACGACAACAUCGCCAUCAUUCGCAUUUGCACCAACAACUUCGAGCAUGGAGUUCUCCUUUCAGCCGCAGACCCAGUCUUCACAAGCUCCGACCAGCCCGGUCACGACAAAGCCCUCAGAGCCAGAGCAGAACACUGCGAUCGUAGAAUCCUCGGAAACUCAACUCGAACAACCCACAACCACGCCAGAAUUCACCUACUCACCAUCCACAACACCAUCUUUCACCCCAUCUUUCACCUACUCACCAUCUUUCACCCCAUCUUUCACCUACUCACCAUCAACAACCCCAUCUUUCACCUACUCACCAUCAACAACACCCUCCACAACCCCAUCUUUCACCUACAACCCACCACCACCAUCAUCAUCCAUCCCCGGAAACCCCGUCGAGCAACACCCCCACCUCGAACAAUCCGCCACCUCCCUCAUCGCCCCAUCCCCCAUCCUCGCACCGUCCGUCUCCUCCCUCGAAAAACCUUCCCCCUCCACAAUCACCGGCGCCCCAAUCUACAAAACUCUCCACGUCAGCCAAGCCUCCAACGGAAAUUUCAUGUACGGCUCCCACACGCUCUCCCCGGGCGCGGAAAUCACGCAAGGCGCGAACCCGAAAUUCCCGACGCAGAUCAUCGACGUGAAAUCUUCGGCGGAAGUCCUCAUUGAGAAUGCCGCCAAGACGACGGAGACGCAGUACUUAUCAUCUGGGAGACCUUCUGCUACGGUGACGGUGAGGCCGGUUCCGUCUCUCAAUGGGGGUUAUUAUGUACUUUCUGCUGCGCCUCAGGAGUGGGUUACGUUGAAUGGGUAUACGAUGGCGGUUAGUUCGGUUGCGGUGGCGACGGAGAAGGCGAUUGCGUUUCAGGGGCAUACGGUUUCUAUGGGGGGAGUGACGUUGGUUGCUCGUCCUACUGCUGCUGCUGCGGCGAAGAGUUCGCAGGCGGGUGCGGAGAGUUCGAGGGUGCCUGAUUCUGGGGUUGGGAGAGUUGGGGCUGCUGGGUCGGUUGUGUGUGUUUUGUCUGGGUUGGUUGUGGGGUUGAUGUUGUAGUUUUCUUUGAGCGAGGGAGUGUGUCGUGUUAUAAUGGAGAAUGCUACGUUGGGGCUUUUCUUGGAGAUGAUGUUUGGUAGUUCGUGUUGAAAGGGUGUGUCUGUGAGAUGAUGGAUGGAUUUGUGUUCCGACCUUAUCUCAUCGCCUGUUCGCUCGCUGAUGUUCUUUGACAUGUGCUCUACGAAAUGUGGCAUGCUACGAGCAUUGGCCAUGAUGUUCGCGAUGCUCGGUGAAUAGGCUGAAACUGGUAAGGGAGGCCGGUAAGGAGUGGAGAGCAACAGCAAUGAUUUGCUCGCCACAUCGUCGCAUACUUGAGGAGGCAGAAUGGAUGCAUGGAUGAGCUUUCAGACCCGAAAAGG